UUGCCAGGGAAGGUGUUGAAGGUUCCCGCGGAAAGUGACAGACGCUGGGAUUGGGCUGGGAGAUUGUUUACUGUGCGGGAGAUAUUUGUCGGUGUUUGUUUUUGGGGAGAAGAAGAGAAAGAAAUGUCUGAAAGAAUAGCUUCGUGUGGCAACCUGUGCGAUAAGACCUCUCUUCUUCUUCGGUAUUGUAACGAUGAUAACCUGUCUGCAGGGAGUGGGAUGGAGAUGGAUGACCGUCUGUCUCACCUGGAGCAGAGGGUGCAGCUGCAGGAGGAUGAGAUCCAGCUGUUGAAGGCCGCUCUUGCUGAUGCACUACGCAGACUGGGCUACUGCGAGGAACUCACGCAAGCCAGUAGCAGGAAAGGAGCACCCACCAAAGUCCGCCAGAUUCUACAAGCCCUUCCAUCCAAGCCUUUAGCCAAUGGUUAUAUUGAGCAGAAAAGGAUGGGGGGCUACCCAUCCUCACCUUCCUCUCCUAAAAAGGAGGUCCUAAUGUCUAUCAAAAGGAAAAGCAUGUCCACAGAGCGUCUGUCCACAGCCAGGAAAGAGAUGGCAGACACACGCAGCAGAACCACCUCAUCCAGCAGCUCUACCUGUGGCAAAAGAGACAGUAAAUCCAAAGAGUGCACCCUCAACGCUGAGGAUGGGUACGUGAGAAUGUUCCUGCGUGGUCGGCCAGUUACCAUGCACAUUCCUGACCAGUUGAGAGAGAGCUACAGCCUUGACCAAAAGGUGGCACUGACAGACCGCAAGCUUAAACUUCAGUGGGUUUAUGGCUACAGGGGCAGAGACUGUCGCUCUAACCUCUACUUGUUGCCCACGGGAGAGAUUGUCUACUUCAAUGCUUCCGUUGUCGUGCUGUAUAAUGUGGAGGAGCAGCAGCAGAGACACUACCUGGGCCACAACGAUGAUGUAAAAUGCAUGGCCAUCCAUCCUGACAUGGUCACCAUAGCAACGGGACAAGUUGCUGGAACAUCCAAAGAUGGCAAACUGUUAGCUCCUCAUGUUCGUGUCUGGGACUCUGUUAGUCUGAACACACUACAUGUGAUCGGGUCUGGUAUAUUUGACCGUGCUGUCACCUGUGUGGCCUUCUCCAAAUCGAAUGGUGGUGCCUAUCUGUGUGCAGUUGAUGAUGCAAAUGACCACAUCCUAUCUGUGUGGGACUGGCAGAAAGAAAAGCAAAUUGCUGAUGUGAAGUGCUCAAAUGAUUCAGUGCUGGGAGCAGUCUUCCACCCCAUGGAGGCCAACCUGAUUGUCACCUGUGGGAAAUCCCAUAUUAAUUUUUGGACUAUAGAGGGAAACACUCUAACUAAGCGCCAGGGACUGUUUGAGAAACACGAGAAACCCAAGUAUGUCCUGUGUGUCACCUUUGCUGAAAAUGGAGACGCAAUAACAGGGGACUCCAGUGGAAACAUCUAUAUUUGGGCUAAAGGUGGUAAUAGAAUCAGCCAGGUGGUGGCAGGAGCCCAUGAAGGUGGGAUCUUCUCCCUAUGUGUGCUGAAGGACGGCACACUGGUGUCUGGAGGAGGGAAGGAUCGUAAGGUGGUGCUGUGGGAUCAUGAAUACCACAAACAGAAUGAGAUGGUGGUCCCUGAGGCUUUUGGGCCUGUUCGCACCUUGGCUGAGGGAAAACAAGAGGAAUUAUUUGUGGGAACCACCAGAAAUGCCAUCCUGCAAGGCUCCUUCUCUGGUGCUCUCAUACCCAUCGUUCAGGGUCACACAGAUGAGUUGUGGGGACUGGACGUGCACCCCAGCACUGAGCAGUUUGUGACAUGCGGUCAAGACAAGCAGGUCCACCUGUGGGAUGUUACCUCCCACCAACCUCUGUGGAGCAAGACCAUUGAGGACCCUGGCCGUUCUGCUGGCUUUCACCCGAGCGGCACUGUGCUUGCUGUGGGCACCAUGACUGGAAGGUGGUUGGUUCUGGACACUGAAACCAGGGAUCUUAUUUCUAUGCACACAGAUGGGAAUGAAAUCAUCUCCAUUGUCAAGUACUCUCCAGAUGGAGCAUACCUAGCUGUGGGAUCUCACGAUAACUUUGUUUACAUCUAUGCUGUGACUGAGAAUGGAAGAAAGUAUAGUCGAGUUAGCAAAUGCACCGGGCAUUCCAGCUUUGUUACUCAUCUAGACUGGUCCACCAACAGCCAGUAUAUUGUCACAAACUCAGGAGAUUAUGAGAUUUUGUACUGGGAGGCUUCCAGUGGGAAACAUAUUACAAGCGCAGAGGUAGUACGCAACCUGGAAUGGGCCACUUCGACUUGUGUGCUCGGUUUCAGUGUGUUUGGCAUCUGGCCAGACGGUGCUGAUGGCACAGACAUCAAUGCUGUUUGCAGGUCAAAUAACCGUGGUGUCCUGGCCUCAGGCGAUGAUUUCGGCAAAGUGCGUUUGUUCUCUAACCCCUGUUCUCAGCCAAGGGCACCUAGUCAUGUAUAUGGCGGGCACAGCAGCCACGUGACCAAUGUUGCCUUUCUCCAUGAUGACAGCCAGCUCAUCUCUACUGGAGGGAAAGAUACCAGCAUUCUUCAGUGGGCACUUGUCUAAUUAUGCCUGUGCAACCCUGCUGCUUAUUUACUGUAGCCUCCUGCCCACUAGAGGGCAGCACUGCUGUGCCUACCCUGCAUCCAUACUGUCCUGUCAGUCUGUAGUCUACUGAACCUAUGUGUGUGUAAUGUGAGUCACCUUAAGUGCUGGUCUGGGUCUGGGACCAGGUGUUUUCUAAGCAACUACUUAAACAGGUAAAACUGGGGAGAAUAAUCCAGGAUCAGUAAUUGCUAGCAGCCCUUGACCUAAACUGUAUUGGGCACCAUGCUAAUGCAUGACUGAAGUGAGCUGUAGUGAAGCAGAAGAGGCAUGCCCUAACUAUUCAGCCAUAUAUAAGCCUAGUAAGAAAGAUUUGACCUCUUAUAUAAAUAUUGUAUAUUAUGCAGUCAAUGAGUGGACAUGUGAUUUGGAAACUACAUGGUGAUCUGUGGCAGUUAGUAUUUCAUAUUUAUCUAGGAGUGGACCUAAGAUGUGCUUUGCCUUCAUUUUGUUAAUAAAGUUUUUACUCUACUCACAUUA